AUGGCAGGCCUCAGCGCAGGCUACGACCUAUCCGUCUCGACCUUCUCCCCCGACGGGAGGCUCUACCAAGUGGAGUAUAUAUAUAAGGCCAUCAACAAUAACAACACGGCCCUGAGUCUGGAGUGCCGAGAUGGGCUCCUCACCUGUUGUGUGAAUUCAAAUUUGCUGAAAAACAAAAUGAUAAAACAGAAUAGCUACAACAGGAUUUAUCACAUCAACAACAACGUUAUUGUGACAUAUGCAGGACUGGAUGGAGACGCCAGAAAUAUAAUUGAUCGGGCCAAGUAUGAAGCGAAUAGUUACUAUCUCAAUUUUCACACCAACAUUCCUCUGCACAUUUUGGCGAACCGUGUUUCGCUUUAUAUUCACUCGUUCACGUUGUAUUGGCACUUGAGGCCCUUUGCAUCUUCCAUCAUACUGGCGUCAUUCGACGAGAAGGAGAAAGGAGAAAUCUAUUGCGUGGAACCCAACGGAGCUUGCUACAAAUACAGUGGAGUAGUCAUCGGGAAAAACAAGGAGAUGUUUAAGACGGAAAUCGAAAAGAGAAACUACAAAGAAGUGGACGUUAAGGAAGCCCUCGUCGACAUAUACAAAAUGAUCUUAACGAAUGACGACCAUAUGAAUAAAAAUAACUUACCUCAUUUGGUCAACUUUUCUUGGAUCUGCAAGGAUUCCUCGUAUGAAUAUCAGAGUGUCGAUUCGGAGACGUUAAACGAGGCCAUGCGGCUAGCCAUGGAGUCGGUGGAGCAGCUGAAUCAAUAG